AUGCGGCAGCCCACAGGCGGCAAGGCGCCGGAAAGCGCAGACGACGGGGGAAACGGAUCCGUUGGCGGGACUACACAGGAGCAUGGAUUUGGCGCAGCUGCGCGCGCAGCGCAGGUGCAGGCAGACGAGCACGCGGAGUUGCAGCGGCUUCAGCGGCAACUGGCUCCACGUGCGGGAAGCGUGCCAAUACAGGGGUACCUGCUUAAGCGAUCUGAGACUCUGCACCUUUGGAACCAGCGAUGGUUCGUGCUAGAUCCGCUGACAGCGCGUAUGGAGUACAGGAUUCAGCGCAGUGACGUCCAUGCACGCGGAAUCAUUCACUUUGAGGCAGACAGCACCAUCACUGUGUCGCCCAUCAACCUGCAUGGGGCCAAGCAGUACGAGAACUGCUGCUUCUAUGUGGGCACGGCGGGCAAGAAGGAGUACUUUCUGUGCGCUGAGACGCCUGGUGCCGCCAGGGCGUGGGUCUCCACUCUGCGUGCAUGUGCACUGGUGCUCAAGGCACACCGGGAGGAGGUCAACGCACUCGGCUCCUCCUCCACUCCCCGUGCCACAGGCGCAGUGGCAGCUGCGACGGCAGCAGCCAAUGAAACGGCACGCAAGGCAGCACCAGAGGUAGCAGCGGCGAAUCAGAAGACAGUUCAGGCGAACGCGGCAACAGCAGGGAUACUCUCCUCCCUCCCCCUCUUCGCACCACCACCCCAGCCCUCGCCCCCCUCUUACACACGCAACCCCUCUCUCGAUUCCCAGCCCGCUGCAUCGUCCCCCACCAUGCUCCCUUCCUCCUUAGCUGCCUCGCGCUCUCUCCCCUCAUCCUCUGCUGCCUCUGCCUCUUCCUCUUCCUCCCCCACCUCCGCACUGCUUCCAUCAUCUCAUUCUGCGACCGCUGCCUCUUCCCAAGCAAGGCAGAAGGACCAGGAGAUCAAAACGCAGCAGCAGCAGCAGCAGCAGCAGCAGUCAAGAGCAGGAGCAGUAGCACCAUCCGCUGAUGCUGCAGCUGCAGCAGAGCUGGUCAAGACCAUUCGGUCACAGGAUGCAGAGAUGAGGCAGCUGUGGGGCAUCGUGAGGGAGAGAGACAGCACCAUCCAGGAGCUCGCUGCUCGCCUGGAGGAGGUAGCAGCGGCAGCAGACGCAGCAGCAGACGCAGCGACGACAGCAACGAAGGAGCGGGACGCACUGAAGCACUCUGUGAGCAAGCUAUGCGCGGACAUGGAGGGACGGUUCAGUGAGACAGAAAAGCAGAUGGCAGCUGCAGUGGGGGCGAAAGUGGCCGCUCAGGAGAGGCUGAAGGUGCAGCUGGCACGGGCUGAUGCUGCAGAGGAGAAGGCAGAGAGGCUGGCGAGGGAGGUUGAGGAGAUGAGGGAGGCGAUGAGGAAGAUGAAAGAGGAGGUUGCUGCUAGUGCUGCUGCUGCUGCUGCUGCUGCUGCUGGUGCUGGUGGUGCUGCUUCUGGUGGUGCGUCUGGUGGUGUUGCUGGUGCAGGUGGAGCAGGAGGAGAAGGGAGUGCGGAGGAGGAGUUGGCGAAGGAGAGAGCGAGGGCAGAGAGUGAGAGAGAGAGGGCGGAGAGGGAAGCAGAGAGGGCGGAGAGGGAAGCAGAGAGGGCGGAGAGGGAAGCAGAGAGGGCGGAGAGGGAGCGGGAGAGGGCGGAUCGGGAGAGAGUGAGGGCGGAGGGGGCGGAGGCAGCAAGGGAGGAUGCGGUGAGGGUGGCAGUGCUGUGGAAGGGCGAGGCGGACAAGUGGCAGAUGGAGGCUGCAAGGAUGGCUCAAGCAGCGCAUCUGCAGCAGCUGGUGCCGCUCAUUGCUCCCUCUGCGCCCACGCACCCCUCUGCUCCGCCCUACUCAUCCUUGUCCGCGCCCUCCUCUCACACCUCUUCCAACGUUUCAUCGCACCAGACUGCUCUAACUGGGACCCAGGAGCAGCAGGGGCAGCAGCAGCAGCAGCAGCAGGAGCAGGAGCAGGAGCAGGAGCAGCAGCAGCAGCAGCAACAACAACAACAACAACUACAGCUGUGGCAGCAACAGCAGCAGCAGCAGCAGCAGCAGCAGCAGCAGCAGCAGGAACAUCAGGAACAGAAGCAGCAGCAGCAGCAGCAGCAGCAGCAGGAGGAGGAGGCGGCGGAGGAAGCAGCAGUAGAAGCGAGUGACAUAGACAUGGACCCGUUGCAGCAGCGGCUGCAAGCCUUGCUCUCAUUCGCACCCCAAGACUCCUCCUCCUCCUUCCCCUCAGAUCAUUCCUCUGCGCCUGGGGAUGACGAUAACCCCCAGGAGCUCAAUACAGACUCCUCUGCUCCGCAUGCAUGGGAUUCCCACACCACUCACACCACCCAUACCUUCAUGGGUACACAUGACGUCACUCCAUACAUGUCGUCAUCCUCUCCCUACAAUGGUGGUGAUAUGCAGGUCCCCUCUCCUGACUCGCUCUUUACAGCUACAGAUGCCACAGCAGCAGCGGGUGCAGGCGGGGGUGCUGUUGCUGGUGUAGGUGUUGGUGCUGCUGCUGGUGCUGCUGCUGGUGCUGGUGUAGGUGCUGCUGUUGCUGGUGCUGCUGCUGGUGCUGGUGAGGGCCCUGCAGAUGCUGCUGCCGGUGGUGGUGCCUCUGUUGGUGUUUAUCCCAGCAACGCGCCACUGAUUACCCACCCAUUUCCUGCUGCCUCCUCAUAUCCCUCUGACUUUCCUGCGACCCACCACAUGCCCAGCACCUUUUCCCCCUCCCAGGCACAGUUCCCUGGUGAAACAGCACCAUUGGCAGCACAAGUCGCGGAAGUGUCAGCGCCAGAAGGUGCAGCAUCAUUGCCAGCAGCAGCAGGAUCGAGUUCAGCAGCAGAAUCAGUGGGAGCUAUUCUUGCACCAGCUGCACAAGAUGCAUCAUCAGUUCUACCUGCAGCAGCUGCGCCUACAGAAGCAGGGACAGCAGCAGCAGCAGCAGCAGCAGCAACAGCUGCGGCUGCUGCAGCUACAGCAAUUUCAGCCCCCCUGAUUGGAGGAGCAGCACUGCCUGCAGCCCACUCGGGAGCAGCCACUACAAGCUCGCCAGACCCCGUUGCGUCCCUGCCAUUAUCACCAUCGCCUGAAAUUUUACAGUCUCCAGGCCCCACUUCCGUCGCUCAUGGCGCUGAUGGCACAGGCAUUUCUUCAGGUGCUGGUAGUGUGCCAACUGGGGUAGUUGAGGCGGGUCUGUGGAAGAAUGGAGCUGGUGAUGCGAAUGACGGAGCAUCUGGAGGUGCUUAA